AUGGCCAUCACUGAGACUCAGACCACAGUCGAAAGCGCGAUUGAGCUUACUGAUUUGACGCAAGGGAGAAGCCGUGAUGCUGAUCCUUCCGAGACGGAACCCGCGCCAGGGCCAGACCAACGCCUCAAUAAGUCGCUGUACUUGAAGCUCAUUAGCGCUGGCUUCUCUUUCUUUGUAGCUGGCGUCAACGAUGGAAGCAUUGGAGCCUUGAUACCUUAUGUGAUACGCGAAUAUGAUAUUAGCACCGCAAUUGUAUCGAGCGUCUAUGGCGCCAACUUCCUCGGCUGGCUGUUUGCAGCCUUUGCCAACACUCAUCUCAGCCAGUAUCUUAAUCUCGGCGCCAUGCUGGCCCUUGGAGCGGUGUUCCAGAUUGCGGCACAUGCCCUCCGCUGCUGGGACCCUCCGUUUGGGUUGUUUGUCGUGACGUUUUGGCUUGUGAGUGUCGGCCAGGCAUUUCAAGAUACCCACGCAAACUCGUGGGUCGCCAGCGCUGUUCCCAAGGGCGCUCACCGCUGGCUGGCGUUUAUCCAUGCCAUGUACAUGGCGGGUUGCUUGGUUGGACCGUUUGUUUCCACUGCUAUAGCAUCCACGGGAGUCGUUUCGCGAUGGUACUUGUUUUACACGUUUCCGCUAGCUCUUGGAGUUGUCAAUCUUGCACUGACUUGCGCCGCAUUCUGGGAUACCCUUGGGCUUCAACACAAGACUGUUGCGAGCGAAAGCAGUGGGAGAACCCUGGGUGAAGCCGUCGAAAGCAGCAAUAAUGCAGUUUCGAGGAACAAGGAGGCCACACAGCUCAUCAAGAAGACUGCAAGCACUCCUAGUGUCUGGCUGCUGAGCCUCUUCUUCUUCUUCUACCUCGGCUCUGUUCUUACAGCUGGCGGCUGGGUCGUGGAAUACUUGGUCAAUGUUCGUCACGGCAACCUGUCGCAAAUGGGCUAUGUCCCCGCUGGCGUCAAUGGCGGCGGUCUUCUGGGGCGAAUGCUCCUGGCAGAGCCAACGCAUCGGUUUGGAGAACGCCGAAUGGUGUUUUUCUACAUCAUUGCCGCGAUUGUCUUUCAGCUGAUAUUCUGGUUGGUGCCGAAUAUCAUUGCUGCCUCCAUUGCCGCGAGCUUGAUCGGUUUCUUUACAGGGCCAUUAUUUCCAACUGGCAUCUCUCUUGGGUCAAAGCUUUUCUCUCCAGAAAUACGCUCUACUGCGCUGCCCCUGGUGUUUGUCUUUGCUCAAAUGGGAGGCUCAGUAUUUCCCAUCGUCACAGGAGUGGUAUCUGCAAACGCUGGUGUAAAAGUGCUCCAGCCGAUCUUGAUUGCGCUCCUGGCUACCACGGCCGUAAGUUGGCUGUUGGUGCCGUCGCCAAAAUCGACGUCCAAUACUGCCCUGCAUCAAGAGUGA